GAUCCAAAGUCCCAACAACGACCAGCAGCUCCGAUUCCGACUCCAUGAUGGAUGAGGUGCCUAGUUUGGACCAAGGGCUGGCCGCCGGCAAUCUUUGGGCGGGCCCGGCGGUCACAGUAAUAUUCGUGCUUCUUACUUACCGACUUGUAAUUCAUCCCGCGUUCUUUUCCCCCCUCGCCCGGAUCCCUAACGCCCACUGGUCUGCCCCAUUCUCCCCCAUCUGGAUUCUCAGCAUCCGUUUCGCGCGCAAGGAGAACAGGACCCUCCACGCAGCCCAUCGCCGGCUUGGUCCAAUUAUUCGUGUUGGCCCCAAUGAGCUGAGCAUCAAUGACAUUGACAGUGUCCAUGCUGUCUAUCAGGGCGGUUUCGAGAAACCUGCGUGGUACUCGGUCUUUGACAACUAUGGGUAUGGCAACAUGCUCGACAGGCGAUGCACCGACAUUUGCUCACACCUGUCGAAAGCGUCCCCUGCAUGUUCUCGGCACGGCCAGCAGCUGAGCACUCUGCGCGGAAGCGAUUGAUCUCCCAUGUCUAUUCCAAGUCCUAUAUCCAGUCAAGCCCGGCCGUCUUGGCGCAAGCCUCUGCCAUUCUCUAUGACAGACUCUUGCCAGUUCUCAAGGAGUCGGUUGCAGAAAAUCAGGUCCCGCAUGGGAUUGACAUCUACUCUGUCUUCAUGGCGGCAACCAUGGAUUUCAUCGCCUCGUACAUCUUUGGCCUCGGCAACGGCACCGACUUCCUUGGCAAUAAGGCGUACCGAGAGCAUUUUCUUGAGCUUUACAAGGCCCGCAAUGACUACGGGUUCUACGAUCAGGAGAUGCCAUGGCUUACCAAGGUCUGCCGGAAAAUCGGCAUUCCGUUGUGCCCAAAGUGGGUGGAUGCUGCGAACAGGGAGCUUAGAGACUGGUGUCAGCGUCUUUGCAACAGUAUGGCCAACUUUGUCGAGGGCCAUCAUGAACCGCCUGCGGGUUCUGCGGAUGAACCCAUUGUCUGGCAAUCUCUCGUGCGUGGGCUGAGAAACGAAGAAGCGAAAAACGGACGGGCAUCGGUGCUGUUCCCAACAGCGCUAUCUAAUAUUGAGCUCUCCAUUGCCUCUGAGCUCCUGGAUCAUGUGUUAGCUGGCCAAGAAACGGCGGGCUUAGCUCUGACUUACGUGAGUUGGCGUUUGUCGCAGUCGUUGGAACUUCAGAGAGAGCUCCGUGCCGAGCUUCUAGGUAUCUCGCCAAACAUGCGGAUAGGUACUCAUGGCACAACAUCUAUGCCCGACCUCAAGCAACUGGACAGUCUGCCGCUACUUCAUGCCGUACUUACAGAAACACUUCGCGUUCACGCGCCCAUUCCCGGACCACAACCCCGGCAGACGCCGGCCUCGGGCUGCCAAAUCGGUCCUUACGAUGUCCCGGGUGGCGUCAGAGUAGCCGCGCUGGCCUAUGCAUUGCACCGCGACGAAACCGUCUUCCCGGAGGCCGAGAAAUGGGACCAUACCCGGUGGCUUCCUCAGAGUGUCGAUGAUGAAGCUAGAAAGGAAAGGAGCAGACAGUUUUGGGCGUUCAGUUCCGGAGGUAGAAUGUGCAUCGGGUCUAAUUUCGCAAUGCAAGAGAUGAAACUCAUCAUUGCGGCCAUCUACUCUAAUUACACAAGUCAUAUUGUUGAUGAUGAAGGCGUAGCAAACCAGUCCGACGGUUACACCGGACGGCCAGAGAAUGAGCGGCUAUACCUGCGCUUUGAGAAAGUCCAUGAUGAAAACACUAUGAAGGUGGCUCACUGAUGUAGCCCGAGCAAUUGCAUCGAGAUUAACGUUAGGCUUAGUCCGAGGAGGAUCCGUCGAAAGUUAAGGACUGGUCGCAACGUGGCCUUCCUGGUGUUUCUCAUUGGCAGUUUCGACCUACGAUGUAGUUAUCAUCUUGAAGAACCACCACACACUGUUGUGCAGAAAUUCUGACCUUUGGUUCUCCGGGGCC